GCCCUCUGAAGUAAACAGUUACACCGGAGAGAAACAUCGCCAGAGUCAAACAUCACCACCAUGGAUGAUACUAGGACGAGGCUCACGACAGUCAGGCAAGGCAACGUGCCAUUUCUGCAAUUCCCUUCUCCGAAACAAGACCAUGGCCGCCAGCAAUGCUUAAUUUACAUGAUUCCCGGCAACCCCGGACUCAUCGAUUACUAUGAGCCGUUCCUGAAUACCCUGCGACAGCUCCUUGACGAGAUUGAGGCCAAAGAGGAGCAUAACUAUGCAUAUCACAUCUACGGGCGCAACCUCCUCGGUUUCGAGGAUGGCGACCACGAGCCCCCGUUCGGGACAACCACCAGCUCCGGCACUCAGACGGAACCCUUCUCUCUAGAGGACCAAAUCGACGGCGUCUGCUCGCAUCUCCAAACAGUCAACACCACCACCCUCAAAACCAAACAAACCUUCGACUCCGUAAUCCUCAUCGGCCACUCCGUCGGCGCCUACAUCGCCCUCGAAACCUUCCACCGCCACCACACCGCCCUUCUCUCCAGCCCCACCACCACCACCAACACCACGGCCACCACCACCCCACCCAAACCCCCAACAACCCCAGCCCCCAAUCUCACCACCAUCCCCCUCCGCUCCGGCAUCCUCCUCUUCCCCACCGUCUCCCACAUCGCCCACUCCCCCAGCGGCCGCCAGCUCAACCUGCUCCGCACCAUCCCCUUCUUCGACCGCACCGCCCACCACAUCGCCAAAGCCUUUGUCAGCGUGUGGCCCGGCUGGGCGCUCGGCGGCGUGGUGCGCAAGCUACUAGGUUUUCCCGCGCACGCGGCGGCGGCGACGCUGCGGUUUCUGGCGGGGAGGGACGGGAUUUGGCAGGCGGUGUAUUUGGGCAAGGAUGAGAUGCGGUGUAUUGGGGAGGAGAGGGAGGAGUUUGUGGAGCGGCGGAGGAGGCAUGAGAAGGGGAGGGUGAGGGUCGUGGUGGAUGGGACGGGGAUUCCGCAUGCUUUUUGCCUUCAUCACAGCGAGUCGGUGGCCGAGAAGGUGAAAGGCUGGAUCGAGGAUAUUGGCGGUCGCCAGUGA